UUGUACCUGAAAAAAGCAUAACUACUAGAAAUGACAUUUUUUCAGUGAUUGCUCGUUCUUACCAAGUGAUUAAGAUAUGUAUCAUAAGAUUCACAGUGAGAACCUCCGGUAUUUUCAUUCCAUAUAUUAAUGAAAUAAUUAUCAAAUAAUAAGAAUAAUAGAAAAACCAUGCAGAUUAUGCAUAUGUAUAUGUACGUUCCAAGGUUUUAUUCAGCCGAGAGAAUAGCGAAAAGCAGAACAGGUACGGGUCGAGUGGGAAGGCAAGAGCUAUCGCGUAGCUGUGGGUUCAGUAACAAUCUUAUUUGUGGAGUAACUCGGUUCAAUCGGCUGUCCGGUUGGUGGGUCGUUGGUGUUUUUAAUAAAACAGUGUGAUCGGUAGAAGAUAAUUAAGAUCAAGAUUUCUCAUCGAUCACGAUGUAUGUUUUAAAAGAAAAUCAGUGGUUUUCCAAAACUCAAGCUCACCUUACGGAAGAGGAUACGGUUUGUUUGCGAGGUGUGACGCUAACCUGGAGAGACCUUUCUGUAUACGCAAUGGAUCGCGGACGAAAAAACAUGUUCAAGCAAUUAAUCAAUAAUGUGAAGGGUGCGGCCAAACCUGGCGAUCUAACAGCGAUAAUUGGUGCAAGUGGUGCUGGCAAAAGUUCAUUGAUGGCAGCGCUGGCUUUUCGCACCGGACCCGAACUUUUAAUCCACGGUGAUAUACGAGCAAAUGGAACGCCAGUCGAUUCUUCUUACAUGAUGCAUAACAGUGGUUACAUGCAUCAAGAGGAUAUAUUUGUCGCAACGAUGACAGUGAUCGAACAUCUUUGGUUUAUGGCUCGAAUGAAACUCGACGGACGUGUACAAGUAUUAGACAUUCGAAGAAAAAUUGACAGUCUAUUGAGAGACGUUGGUUUAACCAGCAGGCGCGAUGUACGAAUUGGUAGUAGCGACACCGACGACAAAGUAUUAUCUGGCGGUGAAAAAAAGAGGUUGUCCUUUGCCACGGAAUUGUUAACAGAUCCGAAAAUAUUGUUCCUGGACGAACCAACGACCGGGCAAGAUUCGCAUUCGGCAAACUGUUUGAUAUCUCAACUGAAAUCGUUCGCAGCGAAAGGACGAACAGUGUUGUGCACCAUCCAUCAACCGAGUUCCACUAUAUUCAGUUGGUUCGAUCGAAUAAUAUUAAUUGCCGAGGGUCGAGUUGCGUUUGCAGGUGGAAUCGACCAGGCAGUGGAAUUUUUUGCAAGUCAGGGAUACGAAUGUCCGCGGAAAUACAAUCCAGCAGACUUCCUAAUAGCGAUUGUGGCUACGGGCUCGAAGAACGAGAAUGGUGAAGAAAUAGCUCACGAGAUAUGCGAUGUUUUCUCAACUAGUAAAGCAUAUAACGAAAUCGAUCGUAUAUUAGAAACGCAGAUGCAAUCGAUGCAUUCUGUGAAUUCUAGAUCCGAAUUACUUUCUGACGACAAAUUUAUUACAAGAAAAGAAGCGCGAUAUUGUUCACGGCUUUACUGGUUGAUUUAUCGACACUUUUUGCAAGUUCUGAGAGAUCCAUCGGUACAAAUUAUUCGAAUACUUCAGAAAGUGAGUGUGGCGACAAUCGCUGGUCUGUGCUUCGUGGGUGCUGUAAAUUUUGAUCAGCUUGGAAUUCAAGCUACGCAAGGUGUCAUUUUCAUCUUGGUGUCUGAGAACGCAUUUUUUCCAAUGUACGCUACAUUAGCCCUGAUACCGCAGGAGCUACCGCUUCUUCGAAGGGAGUACCGAGCUGGGAUGUACCCGGUUUAUCUGUACUAUGCUGCGCGUAUACUUUCUUUGAUACCUGGUUUAAUAAUAGAGCCGCUAUUAUUUGCGACGAUCAUAUAUUGGUUAGCUGGAUUGCGAGAUAACGUCGAAACUUUUGGGUUCACGUUACUUGUGCUCCUACUUACUAUAAACGUAUCGACUGCGUGCGGGUGUUUCUUUUCAACGGCAUUUGAGAGCGUACCAUUAGCGAUGGCUUAUUUAAUACCGUUCGACUAUAUUCUUAUGAUUACUAUGGGUCCCUUUCUCAAACUAGGAUCGUUACCGUUAUACAUCCAAUGGAUUAAAUACAUUUCUUGGUUGCUACACUCCAGCGAAGCACUUUCCAUUCUACAAUGGAACGGUGUGCAUAACAUAUCUUGUGAAACAACUGAUCCUGAAUUACCUUGCAUCACCGAAGGGAUCGAUGUGCUACAUCGUUACGACUUUGAUGAAACUAAUUUUUGGAUGGACAUGCUGUCAAUGAUCGUUAUUUAUCUCGUUUUUCACAUCCUUGCCUGCGUUUGUCUAUGGAAUCGUUGUAGAUGCAAAUGAGAAAGUACUAUAUCACGAUAUCGACUGCCAUGCUGACUUGUUUGUAUUCGUUUAAAAUAUAUUU